AUGGGGUCAUCUGAUAAUAAUAAGGAACUUCAGAAUCAACAAUAUUUGAUAGUGGCAUGUGCCUUGACUGAAAACAAUAAGGAUUCGAUUAAAGAUGAGCUAAUAAGGAACUCAAAGAACAUUAGCUCUAAUGUAAAUAUUUUAGAUUUUGACGUUCCAUUCUCAUUAAAGUUUGGAGCAUUUGACGAUUUAGUUAAGUUAGUGGAUGAUUUGGCUAAACAUGAUACUGGUGUAGAAGUAAUUUUAAGGAGAGUGGAGAGGCUUGGCUUAGAAUUGGACCCUACAAUGGAGUUGAGGAUAAUAUGGCAAAGAAGUUCAUAUACAAUCCAACAGUAUUUGAAGAACUUCUCUUGGGACCAUGCUAAAUUUCCAAAAGAAAGAUCAAUGAAGGAGAAUUUAGCAGCAUUAUUACAAUCUGUCUCGAAAUUAGAUUUAGAUUUAAGAACGAAAUCCGCGCAGUUUAACGAGGUAAAAAAUUCAGUUCAGAACAGUUUUGGAAAAACGGCUAUUCCAAGUUCUUUAAAUUCAGGUAAUAAUAUGGAAAAUGGAGUUGUUAAUAGUAAUAAUGGCAAUUUAAUAGUACCUGGCACUUUAAAUACAAAGGAUUUGACAGAUGUAAUUACACCAGAAUGUAUUGAAAGCGGGGAUAUUGUUGACACUGAACAUAUUCUUACAGUUUUUGUAAUUGUUCCAAAAGGAAACAAGGAAAACUUUUUGAAUAGUUAUGAAAACUUUGACAAAUAUGUUGUUCCAAAGUCUGCUAAGUUCAUACCAAAGAUUACUGACAAAGAUGGAAAUGAAAUAGUCAGAGUUUUAAUAUUUAAGUCUUCUGUUGAGAAUUUUAAGACUAGCUGUAAGAAUCAUAAGUUCGUUUUAAGGGAUGACUUUAAAUAUUCACAAGAGAAGUUCAACCAUUUAAUGAGUAGCCGCCAGAAACUUUUACAGGAGAAGGACAAGCAAGAGAAGUACCUUAAAAGAAUGUGUUUUGCUGGGUUCUCCGACAUUUUCAUUUCUUGGAUGCAUGUUAAAGCUAUGAGAUGCUUUGUAGAGGCUGUAUUACGUUAUGGAGUACCACCACAAUUUGCCUCGUUUAUGAUUAGUAUGGAACCAAAUCAAUCAAAGAUAAAGAAAAUCCAGAAUUCUGUAGAGAAGGUGUUUACUGAAAUGGGCAGAAUUGGUGCCACAUUUAAGUCUAAUGAAAAGGAUGUUGAUGAAGAGUACACUCCAUAUGUAUUUCUACAAUUCUCUCCCUAUCAACAGUUUCCUUAA